GCCACAACUGACAGAUUCAGUGGCGUUGUUUCUAGAAAGAAGUCUCAGCUGUUUUUUUUGACAUGUUGGUUCUCUGACGUGGUUUAUAAAGGAAUAAAUCCUCACCGCGAAAGUCUUGAAUUAAAACCCUCACUAUCAACAUCUUAGAGACUAGGAGAAGACUAGCUUGGGCACCAUGAAACUAUCAAUAGCACUGCUAAGCGUCGUGCUGGCAUGUGUGGGCAUUCAACAAGUAGCCAGUCUGGCUGUAAUGUCUGUGGACUUCGGUUCAGAGUGGAUGAAAGUAGGCAUCGUUUCCCCGGGAGUCCCAAUGGAAAUCGCCCUGAACAAAGAGUCCAAACGGAAAACCCCGGCAGUCAUCAGCUUCAGGGAUAACGUGAGGCUGUUUGGCGAAGAUGCCCAAACGGUCGGGCUGCGAUUUCCCAAGCAAGCCUACAGCUAUCUUUUAGACCUACUAGGAAAAAGCAUAGAUCAUCCCCUAGUGAAGCUUUAUCAGGAGCGAUUUCCUUACUACGAAAUCGUGCCUGAUGUUGAUCGGGGCACCAUACUGUUCAAACAGGACGAUGAUACGUUCUUUAGUCCAGAGGAACUAAUAGCGCAAUUUUUGACCAAGGCUAGGGAGUUUGCGGAAAGUGGGGCCCAACAGCCUAUAAAGGAGUGUGUUUUAACUGUACCAGGAUUCUUCAAUCAAGUUGAGCGCAAUGCUCUUUUGGAAGCCGCGGAACUGGCUGGUCUUAAAGUUUUGCAGCUGAUAAAUGAUUACACUGCAGUGGCCUUAAACUAUGGCAUAUUUAGGACUAAAACCUUCAACGAAACUGCUCAGUACGUGAUGUUUUACGACAUGGGAGCAUCUUCGACCACUGCUACACUCGUCAGUUAUCAGAACGUUAAAACCAAAGAACGGGGAUUUGUAGAGACUCACCCUCAGGUGCAAAUAUUAGGAGUGGGCUACGACCGCACCCUUGGAGGCCUGGAAAUUCAACUGAGGUUAAGAGAUUAUUUGGCAGAAAAGUUCAACGACAUGAAAAAAACGUCCAACAACGUUUUCGAGAAUCCCCGGGCUUUAGCCAAACUCUUCAAGGAGGCGGGACGAUUGAAGAACGUUUUGUCUGCGAAUUUCGAGCACUAUGCUCAGAUUGAGGGCUUAUUGGACGAGCAGGACUUUAAAAUUCUAGUCACGAGAGAUGAACUGGAGAGUCUUAUUCCAGACUUGUUAGAACGUGUUACUUACCCGGUUAAACAGGCUUUGAAGACGUCUCAAUUAUCCAUUGAUAUUGUCAAUCAGGUUGUCCUAGUUGGAGCAGGAACCAGAGUUCCAAAGAUUCAGGAAAUUCUCCAGAAAGAGCUCCGACAAGAUUUGGCAAAGAAUCUCAACACUGAUGAAGCGGCUGUUAUGGGCGCAGUCUACAAAGCCGCAGACUUAAGCACUGGUUUUAAAGUGACGAAGUUCCUCACUAAAGAUGCCGUUUUAUUCCCCAUACAGAUCGUUUUCCAAAGGGAAACCAAAGAAGGCAUAAAGACAGUUAAACGUACGCUGUUCGGCCUAAUGAACCCCUACCCUCAGAAGAAAAUAAUCACGUUCAACAAGCACACCGACGACUUUAGCUUUACGGCCAACUACGCUGAUUUGGAUUAUUUGCCUGCCGGCGAAAUUCUGAACAUUGGCGGCAAGGAUCUCAGCGAAUUCCAUCUAACUGGUGUUGCUGACGCUUUGCAGAAAAACCUGGGAGAAAAUGCGGAAAGCAAAGGAAUCAAAGCUCAUUUUAACCUUGACGAAUCAGGAAUCCUGAAUUUGGUCAAUGUGGAGCUUGUGGUUGAGAAAACUGUAGAUGCGUCUGAAGAGGAAGGCACUUUAUCGAAGAUCGGGAGUACCUUGGGUAAAUUAUUCGGAGGUCAAGAGACGGAACAUCCUACGGAAACUCCCCAAGCUGAAGAUAAACCAGUCCACGAAAUCCAUGACGAUGAUCGGCCAGAAGACGCUAAACCCGCAGAGAAUAAAUCCAAAGAAGACAAAGCCACCAGCGGCACAGAAGGGAAGAAUGCGACAGAGACAAAAGAAGUUAAAUCGAAAAUCGUCACUCAUAAAGAGCCGAUUAAAAGCAGCGAGAGCAUUUUAUCAAUCAACGGAUUAAAUGAGCAACAGUUUGAGAAAUCGUUGGAAAAAAUCAAGAAGCUGGACAAAAUUGAAAAGGAUGUAAAUCGAAGGGCGUCAGCAUUGAAUAACUUGGAAAGUUUUGUAAUUGAUGUGCAAAACAAACUAUAUGAAGACGAAUAUAUUAGCGCUUCAACUGAGGAAGAAGUGGAGGCAAUUCUGAAGGCCUGCAGUGAAGUUUCGGAUUGGUUAUACGAAGAUGGAUCAGAAGCAGACGCAGACACUUAUGAAAAGAAACUGGACGAAGUCCAAGCCUUGACCCGAGACCUGUUUGCUCGAGUGUGGGAGCAUAGAGAGAGGCCCGAAGCACUCAAAGCGAUGAACUCGAUGCUUAAUCAUUCCAGCGUGUUUUUGAAAACUGCGAAGAACUUCACCGAGGCUGUAAAUCCGGACAAUUUUGUUUUCAAAGAAUCGGAAAUUGAGGCUUUGGACAAACUAAUAAACAGCACUGAGGAGUGGAAGGAAAAGUUGGUUCGAGAGCAGACGGAGUUAGAAUCGUCCAAACCGCCUAAGCUGACAGUGAAAAGCUUAAUGGAUAAAAUGGCAGCUUUAGAUCGCGAAGUUAAAUUCCUUGUUAAUAAACUGAGGAACUUUAGACCGAAAAAAGUGGAUAAGAAGCGUGACACCGUGACCAACGCCACAGCAGAGGAGGCGAACAGUACUUUACCAGAGAAAGUGGAAGAGGAUGAACAAAUUGAGGAUACGGUAGAAGCACCUGAAGACGGGAAUAACAGCACAAAGGAGCAAAUUGAACCAUCAACCACAGAGAAAAAUGACGGAGAUUCUCACUCAGAACUAUAGAGAUUAAGUGUGUAAAGAUUAGUGCAUUUAUUUAUUACUAGAUUAUUUAUUAAAAUUGCAGCAAUUUGUUCAUGAUAUAUGCAAGAUUUUCCUUUUGGCACUACCCGAGUGAUUCACAGAGUGUUUGGGUAGACUGUGAUUUUGUACAUUUGUUGAAUUGUUUUCCAGUGUUUAGCAGACAUUUACCAAAUAUCACAAUUAAUUCUAAGUGAGGAAUGAAGCUCAAGUUUCAUUCCUCACAGAUACUGGAUCCAGAAAACCAAUAAACAUGAAUGAUUAUUGGCUUUCCGUAUCAGCAAUAUACGAAUAGCAUGGAUGUGAAUAAAAAACCAAAAAAUGUU